UGACUCUUUGUUGACGGUAGAGGAGGAAGAUGGCGGCCCGCUGGAGCAGCGAGAAUGUGGUGGUGGAGUUUCGGGACGCGCAGGCCACAGCCAUGUCCGUGGACUGUCUGGGCUCAUACGCUGUGCUGUCCGGGCGGCGUUUCCUGUAUAUGGUGAACCUGGAGGCUCCGUCUGAAGCGCCCCGCAAGAUCGGGCGCCAGAGUAAGUGGGACGUGGGGACGGUGCAGUGGAACCCUCACCGGGCCGAGUCCCAUGUGUUCGCCGCCUCGAGUAACCAGCGUGUGGACCUGUACUCUUGGAGGGACGGCUGUGGAGAAGUCCACACCUCGCUGCAGGGACACACCCGAGUCAUCAGUGAUCUGGACUGGUCCUGGUUUGAGCCAGAGUUUCUGGUCACCAGCUCAGUGGACACAUACAUCUACAUCUGGGACACCAGAGAUACUCGUAAACCCACCGUGGCUCUUUCUGCUGUCGCCGGAGCGUCUCAGGUGAAGUGGAACAAGAAGAACCAGAACCUGCUGGCAUCCAGUCAUGAUGGAGACGUGAGGAUCUGGGACAAGAGAAAGCCAAACACGGCGGCGGAGUACGUGGCGGCUCACCUGUCCAAGAUCCACGGCCUUGACUGGCACCCCGACAACGAGUUCAUCCUCGCCACAUCCAGCCAGGACAACUCCGUCAGGUUCUGGGAUUACCGACAGCCCAGAAAGUACCUGAACAUCCUGUCCUGUCAGGUCCCCGUGUGGAAGGCCCGUUACACCCCUUUCUCUAACGGUCUGGUAACAGUGAUGGUUCCUCAGCUGAGGAGAGAGAACAGUCUGUUGCUGUGGAGCACGCUGGACCUCAACAGCCCCGUCCACGCCUUUGUAGGACACGAUGACGUAGUGCUGGAGUUCCAGUGGAGACCACAGAAAGAAGGCUCGAAGGACUACCAGCUGGUCACGUGGUCCAGGGAUCAGACUCUAAGGAUCUGGAGGGUGGACCCUCAGCUGCAGAAGCUCUGUGUCAGUGACGUGGUGGAGGACCUGAUGGAGGGGAUGUCUCUCACCGUGGAGUCGGAGAAGUCUCUGUCGUCUCAGGAACCAGACACCCAGCAGGGGGUCGGCCUCGCUGCAGAGAACCUGACGGAUCAGGAUGGCACUCUGAGCUUGGGGGGGUCCGGCGUCCCUCAGACUCUGCAGCAGGAGUUCUCUCUGGUCAACCUGCAGAUCAGGAACGUCAAUGUGGAGAUGGAUGCGGUGAACCGUAGCUGUGUGGUCUCAGCUCACUGUGGGGGUCAUCAGGUUCACCUGGUGGUAAAGUUUCCGGCUCAGUAUCCGAACAACGCCGCGCCGACCUUCCAGUUCGUUUCCCCGACGACCAUCCCCUCCGCCACCAAGACCAAGAUCCAGAAGAUUCUGACGGACACGUCGCUGCAGAAGGUGAAGAGGAUGCAGAAUUGUCUGGAGCCGUGCGUCCGCCAGCUGGUGUCCUGCCUCGAGUCAGACAUGAUGCAGGAGGACGGCCCCCCCCCCGGCCCCUUCGUCCUGUCCAACCCCGUCACUCCGGCCCUGCAGGCGUUCCCCCGGGUCACCAACACGUACGGAUCCUACCAGGACGCCAACAUCCCAUUCCCUCGCACCUCCGGAGCUCGAUUCUGUGGCACCGGCUGCCUCGUUUACUUCACCAGACCAAUCACCAUGCACCGCUCAGCCCCACCCACUGAGCCCACCCCCAGGUCCCUCUCAGCCCUCUCAGCCUAUCACAGCGGAGUGUUGACUCCGAUGAAGAUGCGUUCAGAGUCUCAGAGUUCUCUGAGGCUGUACAGCGGCAGCCCGACUCGCUCCGACAAAGACACCGUGUCCAUCUCCUCCUUCUACUACAAGGAGAGGAAGCUCCCAAUCUCUGCCUCUCGCCGCUGGUCUGUCCAAACCCUCCAUGAUUGGCCGAAAUCCCGGCGCUUUAAGACGAAGCGUGAGGAGUCGGGGAACCGUGCCAUCAAGCUGGCGGGGAAGGUGAUCAUCCAGGAGAUCUCGUGUCUGCUGCCGGUGCACAAAGCUCUGGGAGAGAGCUACAUUCUGAACAUGAAUGACAUCCAGGAGACGUGUCAGAAAAACGCCGCCGCCUCGCUCACUGUCGGACGCAGAGACGUCGCCAAGGUGUGGGCCCUGGCAUCUGCAGCCACCAGUCAGGACCUGAGUCCGGACUCAGACCCGGACACGGAGACGCCCUGGGCCCGGCAUCCGUUUGGACGCCACCUGCUGGAGACGCUGUUGGAUCACUACAGUCACAUGAGUGACGUCCAGACUCUGGCGAUGCUCUGCUCUGUGUUCAGAGCUCAGUCUCCCUCAGACUGUUUCUCUCUGUACGGGCAGCACGCCGCUCGCUCCGCUAUGUUCCCACCACACCACUUGCGCUACCCCAGCUACACGUCGAGCUCGGUGACCUCGGUGACCUCGGGCUCGUGCUCCAGCACGUCCGACUCCAUCACCACGACGACCUGGAACACAGGUCGAGACUCGGAGCACGCCAACCCGUGGGGCGAGUCCUCCCCUGAUGACUAUCGCUACGGCAGCGCGGGCUACACCGACCCGCGGGAGCGGGAGCGCGAGCAGCACGACAUGAACAAAAGGCUGCUGGACCCCGCCAACACGCUGCAGUUUGACGACUUUAAGAAGUGUUACGGUGAGAUCCUGUACCGAUGGGGGCUGAGGGAGAAACGUGCCGACGUGCUCAAGUUCGCCUCGUGUCCCCCGGAGCCUCACAAAGGAAUUGAGUUUGGCGUGUACUGCUGUCACUGCCGUAGUCAGGCUCGCGGUACGCAGUGCGCCGUCUGUAAGCGUCUGACCUUCCAGUGCGCCAUCUGCCACGUGGCCGUCCGUGGCUCCUCCAACUUCUGCCUGAGCUGCGGCCACGGCGGACACACCAGUCACAUGAUGGACUGGUUCCGGCGGCAGGACGAGUGUCCGGCCGGCUGCGGCUGCCACUGCCUGCUGCAGAGCACCUUCUGACUGGACGGACGGGAACCAGCGACUCUUGAGACAGGACGGGCCUGAGGACAGCUCCUCCAUUAUGUGACGUAGUGAGAGGACGUUCAUGCUCCUCAGAGGAUGAAGCCUGCUGAGCUCUUCUCAGGGCAGAAGCUUCACCUGGACCCCAGAGAACUGAGACCUGACAUACAUGGUCCCAGAUGAUGAACCUUCUCACUCAGGACGAUAGCCGUUUUUUCAAUCUGUUACUUUUGAUCUCACACUGAUGGUUUAUACAAAUAACUGAGCAUUUAAUGUGUCAGUUUUUUUUUUUUUGUCAGCCUUAAAUCUAUAAAAUGUCCCAGAGAGAAUUAGUUUGUUUUGUUUGCGAUAGAUUAUUUAAAACAAAGAAUAAUUUAUCAGAAUUGUUCUUGAUUUAAGUCUAAUAACUGAAGUUAGAGCUGCGGUGCAACACGUGGCUUCAUGUUUAUCUCCAGAUGUUUCCUGUCUCAUUUUAUUAUAUUUUAUUUCAGUGAUAGCGGCGCUGUCUGUCUGUAGCUUCCUGUCUCUUGAUGUCAGUCUCUGAUGUGAUCAUAGGACUGUUUUAAAAUGUGAACAACUUUCUGAUUAUAAUGAAGGACGUGUGAAUAGUUCACAAAUGUAUUUUAUGUAAAAAAUAAUAAUAAUAAUAAUAAUAAUAAUAAAAAUA